CAAAAAUAUGUAAAAAAUUUCUAACAUUUCUGCAAUCACGGAAUCACGGUGGAAAAUACAUAAAAUAAUUAAAUCUCCAGUGAUGUGUUGACUUACAAAAAAAACCGUACAAAAGAUGAAAUUAUAACACAAAAAUUGUUUUAAAGAAACAGAGAAAUGGCAAGUAGUAAUUGCGCUGGUCUAUCUAGACUAGACAAGUCUAGACUACCACAAAGUCCGUGUGUGGAGCGUCUCUCGACGCGGCCUAUCCCGCCCCCUGCCUAUAUGAAUUGUGACAAGAGUAGUGAUGUCUGUGAACACUGCGAGUCGCCACUGAAGGAGGCGACGUGGGUGUAUCGCGACGGGUACAGCUACCAUCUAGAAUGCCACAAAUGCUACGUCUGUGACGCUUUGGACCUGGAAAACGCCGAGACAUUUAAAGGCGUAAUAUUCUGUGAAGGGUGCGCGACACGCAUUUUUCGAGGACGUUCUAGAAACACUUGGCAAAGGCCACCAGCAGAUGGUCAUACAAGAAAGACUCUGCCUCGAAUGUUUUCAGAAUACAGUGCUCGUGAUAACGUAUGGAGGGGCCUCGACUAUGGAGACCGCCGCACUGUAAGCCACUACCGACCACCACUACCACUAUCUGACUGCCAACCAGCUUUCAAAAAGUCACUCAACACAAUCAAAGGGAACGUAGAAACAAUCACGUAUAGAAAUCCAACGACAGCUGAUCUGGAAUAUUUAAAAGAUACAAUAGAAAAAACAGUUUCAAAAGUUGUCAAGACAACUAUACAGAACGUUUUAUCGGAAAUGGGCACUAAUAAAUCUCCAAAGGGGUUUUCACCGGAUUCUAACCAUAUCAACGGUACAAACAUUGAUAAAAAUACAUCAAGAAACACAUUGGAACAAUUCAUGAUUACUCCAGAUACUUCAAAAGAAGAAGAAUCGAUAAGUAAUUUAGAUAAACCAAUGGCGAGAUCGAUAGCUAAAGAUAUUCCAAUUGUAAAAAAAUCUAAAGCAACAAUAGAUUUAAAAGAAGCAGUAAGUCAGAAGAAUACAGAAAAUACAUACGAAGCUGUCUCCAGAAAAUCACCAGUAGAAACAAUGCAUAAUUUUAUAGAUUCCACUAAAUAUCGAACUGGAUCUCAGGGAUAUGAUCAAAUGCAAAAUGUUCUAAGAAAGGAUAUAACACCAACGCAGACAGAAUUGAAAAUGCCAGAGCUAGAGAAUAUAAUGUCAAGAUUCAAUGGAAUAUUAAAAUCUAAAUCAGUUAAUCAUCCAAUGGUAGACAGGGAAAUGCAAAGCAUACACGAUAUCGAAACGAAUAGAUAUAUAAAAGUAAACAAAAAUAACAACAACAUACAUAGAUUUUGCCAUCAUAGUACGGAUGAGUGUAAAUUUAGUAAAAGAUUCUCCAGCAAAGCAAGAAAUAUAUUUACAAGUCCAGAUAAAAGAAAUAGCAAGAAAUGCGUAAUCUGUAAGCCAGCCAAAAGCAGACAUAUAAUAAAAAGGAAUUUGCCAUUCAUUAGAAGAUACAAAUGGACUUCUAAAAAGGCGAAUAAAAAUAUCCUUCGUAAGCACAAAGACUGCAGUGAUGCUAGAAUUGCAGAACUAGGUAUCUCCACAGAAAUAACACAUAUGGGUCUAAUUAAUCAUAAUCACAGAACGAAAAGCUCAGUAUCCACAAUUUUCUGCUUCAUACCUAAUCAGGCGUCGAAAGAAUCUCAUGGUUCAAGUUCCAGUUUCUCUGAUAGUGCACAUCAAUUACACUUCUUGGACCGCAGAAUUGGCAGCCUUUUCAAAAUACCCUUAACACUUUUCAAAAAAAAUAUUCUAGAACGUAGCUCUUUGGUGGAAGCCGCUAUCAAAGAUGACGAACAUUAUGAGAGACUGAACUUGAUGCCAUAUUUAAGAUCUUUGUUUACUGAAGAGGUCCCUAGACAUCAAGGGCGCGGUUUUCGUCCUCUUUAUAAAUCAAUUAAUCGCAGAAAAAGCCGGAUUCACAGACUCGGAUGGGUUCCUGUACCAUCAAAGGCAAAAAAUAUGACGAUAAGAUGCCCUCACUACGAAAGAUCUCACAGCUACAGAUGUAUGCGACGGCAAGCCAUGCGGCUCGCAGGGCCUAAUCGCGAAGAACUGGCAAAAAUACGAGCCCAUAUCAAGAGUUUCUUCACAAACUCACCACCCGCCGUCUGUGAUAGAGACAAAACUAACAAAAAUCAACCGAAACGCACUCGGAAUAAUCCCGCCCGCGCCACCACGGACCUUCUCAAAAUGGAGCUGUGCAAAUUCAGAGAAUCAUGAGUAACUCAGUUUACCUAAUUAUUGAGUAAAUAAUAAAAAAAUAUUGAACAACUUU